UAUCGAAGGGUUUACUUAUUCUUGACUGAAGGUUACGCCAGCCGAUAGCAAUUCAUGUCGUUGAAGUGGUAGAGGCAAUAAUAUCGUGCAUCUUAGCCUCUUUCAUCAGUAGCUGUAGAUCUCAGUUCGCAGUUUUCUCGGCAGCAGUUUCGUCGCGAUCUUUUUCGAGCUAUGGCUGCACGAGGCGCCGUGUUGUCGAUGACUCCUCCGCCACGUCGCGCUUCCUGUGGUCAACAGACGGGGGAGGCCCACGUCAAAGAUGGCAAUGGCUGGUUCUACCACACGGUAUCGGCUGCAACGCCUACGGAAAAGCGUAAGGCUAAGCUGUUCAAACAGGAGGCUGGCGAACGCCAGAGCGACAGUGACGGCGACGAUGAUACGGCUUCACAGCAAUAUGCGUGGAGUGUGGGCUCCACCCAACGUCGAAACAGUCUCGACAGCUCCGUGCAGUUGGAACGCACGCGCGAGAUCGCUGGAAACAUGCAGGACAGCAUCUUGGCCAGGAUAUCGACGCUCCGAGCGCUCUGUGAUGAAGGAUUCAUCACGGAGGAAGAGUACGAACGACGCAAAUGUGCCAUUGUGGACGAACUCACGUUCUCGUCAUUGGCACCAGCAUCAAGCACGCAAAAUACAGUCACCCAGAGGAGACGUAUGUCGUUCCGACGGACGGAAGGUUUGCCGCUGAUUGUUCCACACGCGCCGGACUUCCGGGGUGUCAGUCCGGAGCUCGCUAUCAAGCACGUGUUCGAUUACUCCACGCGCCAAUGGAGCAGCAAGCAGGUGUUCAUCAAUCUGGACGAGACGCCAUUUAGUAAAGGAAGUCUCCGGAUUGUGUAUCAUUUGCAGGAUCUGAGCACGGAUACUUCCGCGAGUUUGUCUAAUGGUGGCUGCUACACUGGUAGCUACGUGGCCAAGCUAGCCAUCGACCCGGACGAAGACCCGCAGACGUACUUCAGAGACAUCGAACUACAAGCCCAUUGCGCUCACUACGCUCAAGUCUACAACUCUUACACUCCACCCAAACGUGUCGAGUUCAUCCCAGCGUGGGUGUUAGAAUUACCCGAGCGAAAUGGUGCCUUGUGCGCAGUGGAGGCUUACAUCCCAGGAGAAUACCGCAAGCACAACAACAACUUUGGGUCAGUAAGCGACGAUGAACGCAAUACCCCACAAGCAUUUUCUCACUUCACGUACGAAGCCUCGAAUCAUGAGCUACUAGCUGUGGAUAUCCAAGGCGUGGGGGAUCUGUACACAGACCCACAGAUCCAUACACUCAACGGCCACGACUUUGGCAAAGGCAACCUCGGCGUUUUGGGCUUCCAGAAGUUCCUCUCGUCGCACCGAUGCAAUUCCAUUUGCCGCUAUCUCAAGCUCCCAGCGGUUAAUCCAAAGUCUCGUCACGCUGACUCCGGUACUUUACCCGUACAAGAAGUGAUGAAUCGCGACCGUGUACGACCUACACAUUUCGACUCGCGACACUAUUACGAGAACGCUCCUAUGCUGCAGAAGUAUGUGAGUCAGUGCCGCGAAACGGACAGUUCAUUGUCCGCUUCGUCUUCGAGUUGUUCCAAGAGAUUCCGCAAGCGCCAUACUCACCAGCAAUCCGGCUUCGCUCACUUCUGCAAGGUGUUGUUCUGCGGAGGCUGCUAAUUAUCUGCACUCUUCAUAUCUUCAGCUUUUGAUUCAAAAUCCCGUCAGCUAAAGUAUAAGGCGAAUCCAAACUUAUCUCUAGAAAUCAAACAAUUCCACUAACCUA